GCUGCCGCCCUCUCUGCCUCCCUCCCUCCUUCUCUUCCUCAGCCCCUUCCUCCUCCUCCUCCUCCUCCUCCUCCUCCCGGGCGCUGCCCGGUGCCGGGGCUCUCCCGGCGCCGCUCCGCAAGGCGCGGCCGCCGCUUCCCCGCCCCGGCGCGGGGCCGCCCCUCGUCCCCUCCCUCCCUCCGCCCCGUCCCCGCCCGCCGCGGCAGCCCCGAGCGGGAGGCGGCGGAGGGAGGCGGGAGCCAUGCGGGAGUACAAGGUGGUGGUGCUGGGCUCGGGCGGCGUGGGCAAGUCCGCCCUUACCGUGCAGUUCGUGACCGGCUCCUUCAUCGAGAAGUAUGACCCCACCAUCGAGGACUUCUACCGCAAGGAGAUCGAGGUGGACUCGUCGCCGUCCGUGCUGGAGAUCCUGGACACGGCGGGCACCGAGCAGUUCGCCUCCAUGCGGGACCUCUACAUCAAGAACGGGCAGGGCUUCAUCCUGGUCUACAGCCUGGUGAACCAGCAGAGCUUCCAGGACAUCAAGCCCAUGCGGGACCAGAUCAUCCGCGUCAAGAGGUACGAGCGGGUGCCCAUGAUCCUGGUGGGCAACAAGGUGGACCUGGAAGGCGAGCGCGAGGUCUCCUUCGGGGAGGGCAAGGCGCUGGCCGAGGAGUGGAGCUGCCCCUUCAUGGAGACCUCGGCCAAAAACAAAGCCUCCGUGGACGAGCUGUUCGCCGAGAUCGUCAGGCAGAUGAACUACGCGGCGCAGCCCAACGGGGACGAGCCGUGCUGCGCCUCCUGCGCCAUCCUCUGAGGGCGGCGGCGGCCCCGCGCCCCGCGGCACGCUCGGGGAGCGACAUCGGGAAACGAGUCCAUCGUCUUGGAAGUGUGGCUUUUCUCGGCGUGUGCGUUUCGUCCAGUCUUGGUCACGGUGUAUUUCCUGUCAAGUGGCGGCGGCGGGCGCGGGAGCAGCCGGUCCCGCCGCCCGGGGAGCGGAGCCACGCGGGGAACCCGCCCGGGGACAGCCCCGGGACAGCGGGGCCCGCAUCCCCGGGACAGUCCCGGGACACUCCCAGGACAGCGGAGCCCGCAUCCCCGGGACAGCCCCGGGACAGCGGGGCCCGCAUCCCCGGGACAGUCCCGGGACACUCCCAGGACAGCGGAGCCCGCAUCCCCGGGACAGCCCCGGCAAAGCGGGGCCCGCACCCCCGGGACAGCGGGGCCGCACCCCCGGGACAGCCCCGGGACAGCGGAGCCCGCACACCGGGACAGCCCCGGCACAGCGGAGCCCGCACACCGGGACAGCCCCGGGACAGCGGGCCCGCAUCCCCAGGAUAACUCGGGACAGCCCGGGACAGCGGCCCCGCGGCCCGGGGCAGCCCCGGCCAGUGGCCGUUGCCGUGGCCGCUGCCCGCGGUCUCUAUGCAAGCGGGAGCGGUGCGGGGCCGUCCCGCCCGGAGAGUUGCACAUGGAACUGGGACUGAGCCGAGCGGUGCUGCCAGGCACGGGGCGCCGGGCAGCGCCGCCGAUCCCCUGGAAUAAUGCUCUAUUUUGUUUACCUGCUGUAUCGGAUGGGAGUUUGCAGGAGAGUGGUAGCGUGGUGGUUUUUCUCCUGGUUUUGUUUGGUUUCGUUUGUUUUUUGGUUUUUUUUUUUUAAUCAGCUGUGAAAAUGUUACAAAUCUGCACAAUUUUUUAGGUGUGCGUGUGUGUGUGAUUUCGUUGUGGUUUUGGUUUUUCCUUUGGCGGGGUGGGGAGGGCGGUGGUGCUUUUUCUGCCGAGGGGUUUUGAUUUGGGUUGGCAAUACCUGAUUUUGAUGACUAGCUCUCUCAAGUGCAAAGACUUCCCAUGAGGGAUGCAGGGCCGACAGCAGCCCUGUGUCUGUAGAGUGCCUUCAAAACUCAGCUGUUCCAGCCGGUGCCAACCUGUGAAAGCUCCACAGAAUCCCAUUAUCUACUACUCCAAAAACUACUUAACAGUUUCCUUGCAGUAAUCACACCGAGCAAGCCAGGACAAAAGGGCCUAUUGUUAGUGGAAUUUAUUUCUUAUUUCCAUCUGAGCCUUUUAACUGUUAUUUCCAUGUCUUGCAAGUUCGGGCUUCAUUGACUUCAAAUUUACGAGAAUUUAGCCUUUUGGGAUUUUUGGGUGGGGGGGCUUUUUUAUUUUUUGGUUCUUUUUCCCUUUGAUUUUGUCGUGCCUCCAGCCAGCAAAGAAGGAAAUCUUAUCGUUGUGAUGUACCAAGAAAAUCCUAACUCCUGUCAUUUUAAUUGCAGACAUGCAUUGGAGAGAUGUCUAUCCAUUUGAAGAAUUUUAAUACAAGUGCUGUUUUUUAGAAAGCAACUUUGUGCAUUGUUAUGUAUCACAUGAAACACUGACUUUCACCCAGGCUCUUAAUCCAGAUUUGUAUCUCAGUGGCAGGGGAAGGUGGAGGGGUCGAUUUAGCUAAGAACAGUGGUGAGAAAAAGGCAAACCACGAGACUGCCGUUUUACCUGAUAUUUAGUCGCUUCUGAUGCAGGUUUUUGCCUGUGUUCAGGUCCUGGCCCCGUGUGCUGCCGAGCUGUGGGAAGAGGCUGCUCAGAAGGUAGUGUGGGCUGGCUGCAGCAGGAUUCGGCCCUUUUUCCCUCCUGGAAGCAGCGUGGUUUAUUGGGGUGAAGUUCUAAAGGCCAAUUAUUUAUGAAAUCCAAACUUUUAGUCUCAUUGCAUUAUCACUUUGAAAUUACAAACCGGACCUUUUUAUUUUCUGGUUUGCAGAGGGGCUGGGGUGGGAGGAGACCUGUGCCUCCCAUCAGCUGGAAGAUCCAAGGAGCUUCUUCACCUGUCCUCUCCCUCUCUCUGCCCCUUCUCUAAAGGUCUGCACACAAAACCUGCAGCUCUCCUUUUCCUUCUCCCCCCUGCCCCAAGAAGUCUUGAAAUUAUCUUACAUCCCAAAAACAAAUAUGGGGGCAAGGAUGCGUAAAGGGGUUUUUAAUCAGGCCAAGUGAAAAGUGCCUGCCACGAUUGCUCUGUGAGUCUGGUGAUUUCCGCUGUUUUAAGCAGGAGCUUUGUGCCCCAGCCCUGGGACAGCAGUGUGCAGUGUCACUGCCAUGCCACCUCCUGAAAUCCCGCUGACAGAAAUGAGCAUUGCCAGCUGUGCUUGGUCACAACUGGACACUUUCUGUAGUGACAUCAAGCACCGACUGAAAAUGUGUAGAAGCUGUAUGUGUGUGCUGAAAGCGUGCCUGUGCCGCGGAGCCCGGGCGUGUCCCUGCAGCCAGGCCCUGUCUGGGGCACUGUCAGGCUCAGUGACACAGCCCCGGGGACAAACGGGGCUGCAGGAGGCAAGCCCGGUGCUGCCUUGGCUCUGCCUGUGCUCAGCACAUCGAUUUACCCUCUGUUUUUAAGCGAAACUUGAAAACCUCGCUGCUGCUCAUCUUCCAGCAGUCCUAGAAGUUCACUAGAGGCAGGAGGACUCCCAUGCUGGGGAGACAGGGGAAUAACACUGGCAGAAGGGUUUCUUUUAACCCAAGAACUGCGUUGAAAGCUGAGGAAGCUUGUCUGCUGCCACAUCUGCAGCUUACAAACUGCACGUCUGACGUUAAAAAAAAAUAAAUUUACAUCUCAGUUACUGCCAUGGUUCAAUUUUGCCUUAAAUCCAAUGGGAAUGUACAGCUUUUAGCACCCACCAGGCCUCGAGCAGUGCACUGGCAGCAGCUCGAUCUGGCUGAUCAAAGCAGGUGUUUAUUGUGGCCUCCCAGGAGCCAGCGGAUCCCUCACCUUCCCCAGUGCCUCCUUCCCCGCUGCCUGAGCCGUGCUAGAGGAAUAAAGCAAAACUGGGUGUUUGUAGCACACAAAGCCCAGCUUUGCUCAGCCUGGCAGAGCAGCUGGGGGCAGCCAGCUGAGCUCUGUGUUGUGCUGGGCCUUCCUGUGGUACGUUCUGCUUUUGGCCAAAAAGGUGUGUUCGCUGAAGAAUGAAGCACCAAGCAGCCGUGGCACUGUCUGAUCAGGGUUUUGAAUGUAUUUAGGCAUUCCGUGUUCUCUGGGGCUGGUGAGGGCAGUACAAAGUGGAGAGCUCAGCAGUCUGAUCUUCCAAAUACUCUGAAGUGUUUUGGUGCUUGUUAAACAUAGGCCUUGUCUAUAAAAAGUCUGAAAAAAAUCAUCCUGCUUUAACUUGACUGAGUGAUGCGAGCUAUAUUAGCUUCGGCACUUGAGGGAAAUGUUGUAUCAAUCUAAAGGUACUCUUUAUUCCUUUUCCCUGUGGGAAUAUGUUACACCCGUGUCAAUACAGAGGUGGUAUAUCACUCUUUUCACAGUGAGAAUUGCAAAUAUUUACUUGUUUUGGAAGAAAAGUUGCAUUCCCGGCCAAAAUACUUCCUGACAUCGCAGAAGUUGUGUAAACAAGGCCUUGGUUUAAGGCUGGUCUUGUGACCACGUAUUUUGCUGUACAUAAUGAUUGUAUUUUUGAAAAUCCAAGUUGUUCUAUUGCAAGACAGCGUGUGUGGCAUCCCGGUGCCUGUGACUGUAACCCUGUGCCCAGCCCAGCCCCAAAGCCAGCGUGCUUCUGCUCAGCGUGGUGCUCAGGAUUGACCUCGUGGUGCUGGAGCUGCUCUGGAACUCUGUGGCUGUGGGAUCCCGGCGGCUCUGCUUCUCUCAAAAGAAUGUACAGCAAGUUGUUUGCAAAGGGCAUUUUAAAUAAAGGGCAGCUGGCUCUUUA